AUGAUGCAACCGCAGAUAUUGCUCCUCAAGGAAGGCACUGAUUCGUCACAAGGCAAGCCUCAGUUGAUAUCCAACAUAAAUGCGUGCCAGAAUAUAGUGGACGCUAUACGAACCACCCUGGGGCCCCGAGGUAUGGACAAAUUGAUCGUCUCCAACAGAGGCUCUGCGACCAUCUCAAACGACGGAGCGACAAUAUUAAAUUUACUAGACGUGGUGCAUCCGGCGGCGAAAACUCUAGUUGACAUAGCGAAGUCACAAGACGCCGAAGUAGGCGAUGGCACGACCUCCGUUGUUUUGCUAGCAGGCGAGUUUUUGAAACAACUGAAGUCCUACAUCGAAGAAGGCGUGCAUCCGAGGAUCAUCAUCAAAGCCGUGCGGAAGGCGACCCAGAUUUGCCUGGAGAAAAUCAACGCCCUCGCCGUUAAAAUCAACAAAGCCAACCCCGAGGAGUACAGGUCGUUGCUGGAGAAAUGCGCCGCGACGGCGAUGAGCUCGAAGUUGAUCAACAAACAGAAAUCGUUCUUCUCCAAAAUGGUGGUCGAUGCCGUGCUACUGCUCGACGAACUCCUGCCGUUGAACAUGAUCGGCAUCAAGAAGGUGCAAGGCGGCGGUCUGGAGGACUCCAUGUUAGUCGCCGGAGUGGCCUUCAAGAAGACCUUCUCGUACGCCGGGUUCGAGAUGCAGCCCAAGAUUUACAAAGACUGCAAGAUCGCCCUGUUGAAUAUAGAAUUGGAACUGAAAGCGGAGAGAGACAACGCCGAGAUCCGCCUGAGCAGCGUCAAGGAGUACCAAAAAGUCGUCGAUGCGGAGUGGAACAUUUUGUACAACAAACUCCAGAAAAUUUACGAAUCCGGAGCGAACGUUGUUCUAUCGAAAUUACCCAUUGGUGACGUCGCCACGCAAUACUUCGCCGACAGAGACAUGUUCUGCGCCGGAAGGGUCCAAGAGGAAGACAUGAAGAGAACCUUGAAAGCCUGCGGUGGCUCCAUAAUGACCACAGUCAACGAUUUGAAAGACGAAGUGCUAGGUAACUGCCAGCUGUUCGAAGAGAAGCAAAUUGGAGGCGAACGAUACAACUUCUUCAAAGGCUGUCCCAACGCCAAAACCUGCACCAUCAUCCUAAGAGGAGGAGCCGAGCAAUUUUUAGAAGAAACCGAGAGGUCCCUACACGAUGCCAUCAUGAUCGUCCGCAGAACAAUCAAAAACGACUCCGUCGUAGCAGGCGGAGGAGCCAUCGAAAUGGAGCUAUCGAAGUUACUCAGGGAUUACUCUCGCACCAUUGCCGGCAAAGAACAACUCCUGAUUGGAGCUAUCGCGAAAGCACUCGAAAUAAUCCCUAGGCAACUAUGCGACAAUGCCGGUUUCGACGCCACUAAUAUACUGAACAAAUUGCGACAGAAGCACGCUCAGGGCAAUUCCUGGUACGGGGUGGACGUCAACAUGGAGGAUAUCGCCGAUAACUACGAAACUUGCGUAUGGGAGCCGGCUAUUAUAAAAAUUAACGCUUUGACCGCCGCUGCGGAGGCCACGUGCUUGAUCCUGUCCGUUGAUGAGACGAUCAAAAACCAGAAAUCCGAAGCGCCCCCGCAAAUGGGCGGACGCGGAAUGGGCUCGAAAGAUCUUGAAACUUAA